CUCAACCGGAAGCAUCCAAUUCAACAUUCAUUUCACCCAUCACUUAUCAUGACCGACCUCGACGCCCAGACCGCCGCAGCCAAGUUAUGGCUCCAGAACUACCACCUCCUGGGCGAUCAGCUCAACCCCGACAUUGCCGUUCCACCGUUCUACGCCCCCGACUGCGAGUUCCGAUUCCCAGGACGCCCUCUCAUCAAAGGCCAAGAAGCGAUCAUCAACUUCUUCAAGCAGCAGUCCACGGUUCUCGAGAGCAUGAAGCAUACCAUCGGCCAUUUUGACGUUCUUCCUGAUCGCAUCUACCAGGAGGCGAGUAUCGAGUACGUCCUGAAAGCCGAUCCGGAGAAGAAGGUCAUCCAUGUCAAUGGGAUCGCGAUUUUUGGGAAGCGGGUAAAUGAGGAUCAGAUGCGGUUUUUUACUGUCUAUUUGGAUCCUAGUCCUAUAGCGGAGAGGUUGAAGGAGGUUAGUGGUGGGGUGAACUGAAGUAUGUUGUUACUUGUGGUAGGUAGCGCGGGCGUGCCUCGG